AAGAGCAAGGCGCAGAUCAUCGAGGAGCGCAAAGCAAACCUCCCACUCCCCGAACAACCACCUGUCGCAUCGGACUUCAAUUCCGCGGAUGGCAGCACGGUAAACGUGGGUUCAGGGGGUGUCUCAGAUACCUUCUCGAAGGGCAACGAUGCACUGAGAGGGCCGGCAACGGGUGAUAGCGCGGGGGUGGGAAGGGAAGGUCUGGAGAGUGGCAUCCCUAGUGAUGCUGUCGCGAGGGGUUCGAAGGAUAAGGCGGGGUUGAAGGAUACGACGGGGAAGGACUAUGGU